UGUUACUGUACAUGGCUGCACCUGCACUUGGAAAGUUCGUUCCCAGUGACGUCAUCUCUGCCUCCCAGCUGGUCUGAAGUCUGCUCCGCUCUGGGGAGGCUGCCUGCUGCUGUGCUUAAGUGCUGGACGGAGUACCAAGAGAAAAAGCUCGGAUAUUGUCUCAAGGAUAUUCUGUAUGCGGGAAAUUGAACCCGUUUUCGUUGAGCCACAUCAAGAACACAGACGUAACAUUUGAGAGAUACAUUGUUUGCAGAGCCCACCAGGUAGCUGUGGUUAGCCAUGGAGGAUGGUAAGCCAGUGUGGGCGCCCCACCCCACCGAUGGGUUCCAGCUGGGCAUGAUUGUGGAUAUCGGAGCUGACACCCUCGCCAUCGAACCACUCAACCAGAAGGGCAAGACCUUUCUGGCUCCUAUGAACCAAGUGUUCCCUGCUGAGGAAGAUGUCAACAAACAUAUGGAGGACAACUGUUCUCUUAUGUACCUGAAUGAAGGCACGCUCUUAAACAACGUCCGAGUGCGGUAUAGUAAAGACAAGAUCUAUACAUACGUCGCCAACAUCUUGAUUGCUGUGAACCCUUACUAUGACAUCCCCAAACUGUACGUUCCAGAGACCAUCAAGUCUUAUCGUGGCCGUUCCCUGGGCACUCUACCACCUCACGUCUACGCAAUCGCGGACAAGGCCUACCGGGACAUGAGAGUCCUGAAGAUGAGCCAGUCUAUCGUAGUGUCUGGAGAAUCUGGGGCCGGGAAGACAGAAAACACCAAGUUUGUCCUCAGAUAUUUAACAACGUCAUACGGCACCGGGCAAGAUAUUGAUGAGAGAAUUGUUGAAGCAAACCCCCUGCUAGAGGCAUUUGGAAACGCCAAGACAGUCCGGAAUAACAACAGCAGUCGUUUUGGAAAAUUUGUGGAAAUCCACUUCAAUGAAAAGAAUAAUGUGGUAGGUGGCUUCGUGUCCCACUACCUGCUGGAAAAGUCAAGGAUCUGCAUGCAGAGUAAAGAGGAGAGGAACUACCACAUCUUCUACAGGCUGUGUGCCGGAGCCUCUGAAGACAUCAGACAGAAGCUGCACCUUGACUCCCCUGACAGCUUCAGGUAUUUAAAUCGAGGAUGCACAAGAUACUUUGCCAGCAAGGACACAGACAAACAGAUCAUGCAGAAUCGCAAGAGUCCUGAGCAUGUGAAGCUGGGUGCCCUGAAGGACCUUCUGCUGGACGACCAGGGAGACUUCAACAGGAUGUGCGGGGCCAUGAAGAAGAUUGGCCUGGACGACACGGAGAAGCUGGACCUGUUCAGGGUGGUAGCCGGGGUGCUGCACCUGGGCAACGUCGACUUUGAGGAGACUGGGAGCACAUCGGGCGGCUGCAUCCUGAUGAACCAGUCCAGUCCGACACUAGCCUACUGUGCUGACCUGCUUGGUUUGGACCAUGAAGACCUGAGAGUCAGCCUCACCACCAGGGUCAUGCUCACAACAGCAGGGGGCGCCAAAGGAACAGUUAUCAAGGUGCCUCUGAAGGUGGAACAGGCAAACAAUGCCCGGGACGCCCUGGCCAAGGCCGUGUACAGCUGCCUCUUCGAUCACGUGGUCAGGAGGGUCAACCAGUGCUUCCCCUUCAACACCUCCUCCAACUUCAUUGGGGUGCUGGAUAUCGCUGGCUUUGAGUAUUUUGAGCACAACAGCUUUGAGCAGUUCUGCAUCAACUACUGCAAUGAGAAGCUGCAGCAGUUCUUCAAUGAGCGCAUACUUAAAGAGGAGCAAGAGCUGUAUCAGAAGGAGGGACUGGGAGUCAGUGAAGUUCAUUAUGUCGACAACCAGGACUGUAUAGACCUGGUGGAAGCCAAGCUGGUGGGCAUCCUGGACAUUCUGGAUGAAGAGAACCGCCUACCAUUGCCCAGCGACCAGCACUUUGCAGAGGCCAUCCACAGCAAGCACAAAGACCACUUCAGACUGACGGUUCCUAGGAAGUCCAAGCUGGCUGUCCACAGGAACGUCAGAGAUGAUGAAGGAUUCAUCGUCAGACACUUUGCCGGAGCAGUGUGCUACGAGACGACCCAGUUUGUAGAAAAGAAUAAUGAUGCUCUCCAUAUGUCCUUGGAGAGCCUGGUGUGUGAGUCCAAGGAUAAGUUUGUGAGGGAGCUUUUUGAGAACUCCAACAACAGCAAGGACUCCAAACAAAAGGCUGGCAAACUCAGCUUUAUCAGUGUGGGCAACAAAUUCAAGACCCAGUUAAAUGUACUUCUGGAGAAGCUUCGCAGCACUGGUUCCAGCUUUAUUCGCUGUGUGAAACCCAACUUGAAGAUGGUGAGCCACCAGUUUGAAGGAGCCCAGAUUCUGUCUCAGCUGCAGUGUUCAGGCAUGGUGUCAGUGCUGGACUUGAUGCAGGGAGGCUUCCCCUCCCGAGCUCCCUUCCAUGAGCUCUACAACAUGUACAAACAGUACAUGCCUGACAAGCUCACACGACUGGACCCCAGGCUCUUCUGCAAGGCUUUGUUCAAAGCGCUGGGGCUGAAUGAGAAUGACUACAAGUUUGGUUUGACCAGAGUGUUCUUCCGCCCUGGGAAGUUUGCGGAGUUUGACCAGAUCAUGAAGUCGGACCCGGACCACCUGGCAGAGCUGGUGAAGAAGGUCAACCAGUGGCUGGUCAUCAGCCGUUGGAAGAAGGUCCAGUGGUGCUCCCUUUCUGUCAUCAAAUUGAAGGAAAAGAUGAAGUAUCGUGCCUCUGCCCUUGUUAAGAUUCAGAAGACCGUCCGCAUGUGGCUCUGUAAGAAGAAACAUAAGCCACGCGUCGACGGCAUGGUGAAGGUGCGUAACCUGAAGAUGCGUAUGGAACGCUUCAACGAGGUGGUGGGUGCUCUGAAGGAGGGCAAGCAGGAGAUGGCCCAGCAGGUCCAGGAGCUGGGGGCCUCCAUCGACACCUUCAUGGCCAAUAUCAAGGCCACAGUGAUGACCAGGAAGGAGAUUGACCAGGAGUACCAGGGGCUGGUGAAGAGCUUGGAGCAGCUGCUCUCCUCCAUGCAGAAGAAGAAGCAGGAGGAAGACGAGAUGGAGAGGCUGCGGCGCAUCGAAGAGGAGAUGGAAAGAGAGAGGAAGAGGAGGGAGGAGGACGACCAGCAACGGCAGCAGGAGGAGAACGACAGAAAGAAGAAAUCAGAGAUGGAGCAUAAGAGGAAGCAGGAGGAGGAGGAGAGGAAGAGGAGGGAGGAAGAAAAGAAGAUUAUGCAGGCGGAGAUGGACAUCCAGAUAGCGCUGGAGCGGGAGGAGGACGUCCAGCGAUCGGCCUUGUUGGAGCAGGAGAGGAGAGACAGAGAGCUGGCCAUGAGGAUCGCCCAGAGCGAAGCCGAACUCAUCAACGACGAGGCCCAGAUGGACCCCAGUCUGCGCAGCAAUGGGUCUUUCUCAGGUCUCUAUCCAAACACAGUGAGAGCCAUGGGUUCACAGGUGCAGGCACUCAAAGCCGGUGGCGUGAAGAAGUACGACCUGAGCAAGUGGAAAUACGCUGAGCUGCGGGACGUCAUCAACACCUCGUGCGAUAUUGAGCUGCUGGCGGCAUGCAGGGAGGAGUUCCAUCGCCGUCUCAAGGUCUACCACGCCUGGAAAUCCAAGAACAAGAAACGUGACACAGCUGCUGAGCAGAGGGCCCCCAAAUCUAUCACUGACUACGCCCAACAGAAUCCGGCCCCGGCCGUGGCCACCCAGCAGCAGGAGAUGGCCAUGAACCGCCAGCAGCGAUACUUCCGCAUUCCCUUCAUCCGGCCUGCUGACCAGUACAAGGACCCCCAGAACAAGAAGAAGGGCUGGUGGUACGCCCACUUUGACGGGCCCUGGAUUGCCAGGCAGUUGGAACUGCACCCAGACAAGCAGCCCAUCCUGCUGGUGGCAGGGAAAGAUGACAUGGAGAUGUGUGAGCUAAGCCUGGAAGAGACCGGGCUGACCCGGAAGAGAGGGGCUGAGAUCCUGCCUCGGCAGUUUGAGGAGAUCUGGGAACGCUGCGACGGGAUCACAUACCUGCGAAACGCCAUCGAAAGCAAGCAGGCCAGGCCCACGUAUGCCACAGCCAUGCUACAGAACCUCCUCCAGUGAACCAGAGGGACCACCCAUGUCCAUAGGCUCAGUAGGAAGGCAAUAAAUAAAGGGAAAAGAGCAGAAGCACCCUCUAUCAUAGCAGCCUUUCAGGCUAAUGCAGGGUCUCCCAAACAAAGGGGUACAUGUUUUGGUUUUUGCCCAAGCACUACACAGCUGAUUCGAAUAAUCAACUGUGUAAUGUUAGGGCUAAAACCAAAACGCGCACAGAUAGCCCAGCGUUUCCCAAACUUGGUCAACGCUUAGUUAUCUCACUGAGGGCAUUUCAAAGUUUUACUUAGUUCUUUGUUGUGUUUUUUAAAAGUAGAUUUUUGUGGGUUUUGUUUAUUUUGCUGUGUGAAAAUAAAGACCAAUAUACAUCCCGUCUUCAUGCAAUGGCUACGUUUAAAUGAAAUCUUUACUUCGAGGCCUUAAAACUAUUUGAUAUUAUUGAGACCCGUCUCAAAGCUGCACUUCCUUGUUUCAUUGCUAAAUGAAAACGAAGCACUGUUGGAACUGUAAUAUCUGAUUGAAUAAAUGUUACAAGUAUUUGGCUUUAUGGGCUCUGGGAAUAACUGAUUGUGUCGACAUGUUAUGUUGUAUAAUUAGGAUUUCGGGUUUACCUUUUCAGCAUAAAGCAGGUUAUAAGUAGUAUUAUCGUCCAAAUAGAACAGAUUAUUUGUUGCUGCAGUGGUGCUGGGACAUGUUACAUUUAGUUACUACACUUUCUUUGUAUUUUUUAUACUGUAUCUACAAUAACAUCUUAAUUUUAGCUAAUACUGAAUUAUGCAUGUCAUUGUUAACCCACAACUCUCAUAGAUUAAGUGGAGCACAAACCUCUUUGGGGUGCUGUGAAAAUAUACACUUUCCGAAUAUCUUCUAUUUUAUUAAUUUUUUUGUCACAGUUGGAGAAACAGGAAAAAGUAUCUGCACACAUCCAGUCAGAUGCAAAUGUAAUUUAAUUAUAGCUGAGCUUUCCCGGCAGCCAACCUUCAUCAGAACAUAUCUCCACAAACAAUAGUGGGACAGAGAAGGCCACACAGUGGUAGAGUCUACCUAUUAUCUAUGAAUAUGUCAUGGGGAAAGAAACCUCAAGCACUAUAUUUGUAGGCCAUGGUGACACAAUAUAUUCUCAUCUAAUAACUUCUCAUUGAGGCCCAGUGUAGUCAAAAACAUUUUGACAUGUUUUAUACAUAUUUCGAAGAUACAAUAUGAGGUUGGAAUAAUACUGUGAAAAUUCUGAUAAUGUGUAAGAGAUGUUUGAAAAGACCACCUGAAAUUUUUGCCUGUUUUGAUGGGAUGUACAUGUGGCAUUCAAUGGUGAAUUAGUUAAUAGACCAGUAAGAAAGAGUUCCAAACCUCUGCCAGCAAAUUGUCCGUUUUCUCCUCCCUACUUAGACCACUCCCAGACAGUCCUAGCUAAAUUCUUGCUUAAAAAUUGCUCUUUGCUAAGAAGCUAUUUUUUUGUUCCUUUUUGACCAUUUUAAUUGAAAACAAUUACAGUAAGGUACUAAUUGUUACCCAGAAAUUAUUUCAAUAGUGAGACAAAAACCGCUGCAGUGGACCUUUAAAAGAAGUUUAUACAUUUUUUCAAUCAUUGGAUUUGUAGACAUUUGUAAAUGUAUUUUCAUAGAGGGAACUCCCACGGGCUUUCUGUUCACCACUAAUAUAAAAUGCAAUUGUCAAACUAUUUUAAUAGAUGGGUUGGUUUAGCAACAAAACUGAUACAUGCACAGCCAAUGGGGCGAAACAGACGUUGUUGGCUUAAAUUGUUGACAACAUGUAAGCUAUAUUUCAUCUCCAAUGUUUAUUGAAAACAUAAAUGUGCACAAUGACCACUCUCUCAAAUACAUUGUUAGUUGUUGUUUAGCUAGCUAGCGAAUUCUAGCCAUGUUAUUAUUGACUUAAAAUCAGUCAAAACACCUCAAAACAAGACAUGGUCCCAAGAACGAGAUGAAACGAGCCACUUACAAUUUCACACAUGGCAGUUUGUCAUUCUUGCUAGCAAUCUGGCCGUCCAGAAUCACAAUAAAAACUGCUGACGACUGCCCAUGGAAACGCACGUACAUCUUUUUCGUGAUGAUGUCAGCUAGCUGCUAAUCCAUCUAUAACCAUGUUGAAAGUUUGUAACGUUUGUAAGUGUGAUUGUGUUAUUUUGUCCUUCAGGUUUGAUAUCUAGAUUAUUUGACUCCAUUUGCUGGUAUUUGACUUAUGAGUCCGUCAUCUCAUUGUGGACCAGCAGUUAUCAUUUAUUAACAAUUUAAUAAUGAGAGUGAUAUCCUUGUUUAUUUUCUGUAUAGUGAAAUAAUGUUGACAUUACACGUUCCUCAGUGUAAUCUUUGUAGCUAUUUUUCCAUUUCAGAUUUAACUUCUAUUGUAUGCUGAUUGUUGCACUGCAAUAUAGGAAAUAAAUGUAGUGUACCUUUUA